AUGGUUGCGAUUCAUCGUCCUGCGCUGGGCUCCUCGGGUCCCACUCUCACCAAUAUUGCCGACUCUGUUGCUGGUUCCUUUGUCUCCGGCUCCGUUGCUGGUUCCUUUGUCCCCGGCUCCAGCGUAGGUUCGUGGUCGAACACGACCACAAUCCACACCAACGACCCCACCAGCGGCCGAAACGAAAGCCGUCUGAUCACGGAGUCUGGCCACGAUCACACUGUGAAAGUGGACCUGGCGGUUUGGGCGUCUGUGGGGGCGUUUGUUGGGGUGGCCGUGCGCAACCGACGCAACGCGCGGGCUCUCGCCCGCAUCAACAACCCUGUGGGCGCCGCUACCGAGCGCGCAGCGGAGGAGGUGGAGGCUGCACGGCGCGCCGCCGCAUGGGAUUGCUUCCCCGUGCUGCUCGGUGGGCUCGGCGGUUGCUGUGGGACGGCUUUCCCGAGGCGGCUCGGAGUCGGUGUCGGUGCCCUCAGCGUGGCUGGUCCUCUUGCUACUACCGCCCUCGCGGAUGCUGCUUUCGUUGCCAGCCGCCUCCGGUGA